CGGGGCGGCACGGGGACGCGCGGGGCGGCGGGGACGCGCGGGCGGCGAGGCCUGCGCGCCUGGCUGCGGGAGCCAUGCGGCGGGCGAGAAGCGGCGCGGCCGCCAAGCCACGCGUGCAGAAGCGGCCGGGAGCCUCCGGGGCCCCCGCGGCCGCCCCCUCGGCCCCCAGCGCCAGCCGCUCCCGGCGCUCCACGGGCCAGGCCGGGGGCGAGAGCAGGGCGGCGGCGAGGCAGCCGUCGGCGAAGCGGCGGCCGACGCAGUCGUCGCCGCGGGCCCAGGAGGCGGGCCCCGGGCAGCCGCCGCCGGAGCUGCCUCUGCUCCCGCCGCCGCCGCCGCCGCCGCCGCCGCCGCCGCCGCCCCCCCCCGCCUCGCCCGCUGCCUCGCUGCCCGACCUGGGCGACCAGCGGGAGCGCUGGGAGACGUUCCAGAAGCGACACAGACUCACCUUCGAGGGCGCCGCCAAGCUGCUGCUGGACACCUUCGAAUACCAGGGCCUGGUGAAACACACCGGAGGCUGCCACUGUGGGGCGGUUCGUUUUGAAGUUUGGGCCUCGGCGGACUUGCACAUCUUUGACUGCAACUGCAGCAUUUGCAAGAAGAAACAGAAUAGACACUUCAUUGUCCCAGCUUCUCGCUUCAAGCUCCUGAAGGGAGCAGAGAGUAUAACCACAUACACGUUCAACACGCACAAGGCGCAGCACACGUUCUGUAAGAGAUGCGGCGUUCAGAGCUUUUACACUCCCCGCUCGAACCCUGGAGGCUUCGGGAGAUUAAUCAUGAAGUGACUCGUGAGGGAGACUAGACCGGGAGAAGGAACAGGGAGAGGAAAUGCAGAGGGAUUGGUGUUCCAUAGGCUCACCACCUCUUCCAGGCUGGCGGACAGCAUGUUCACUGUAAGGCUGGAAGGCGCUGGUAAGAAAUUACACAGGUAAAACAUGAGUGCCUGAUCUACCCUUCCUAUUGCAAUGUUCUAUAGAAACAUAAUUUUGUGUAUCCUGCAAAACAUCAGUGGUGCCACACUGCACCUUUUCUGCAGCUUGCAUUUUUAAGGAUAUCUUGACCUCUUCAUAUCAAUAUACAUAUCCUCAUUAUUGACUGUGACAUAGAAUUGCACAGAAGGGGGGCGCCUGGGUGGCUCAGUGGGUUAAGCAUCUGACUUCGGCUCAGGUCACGAUCUCGCGGUCCGUGAGUUCGAGCCCCGUGUCGGGGUCUGUGCUGACAGCUCAGAGCCUGGAACCUGCU